GGCCGCCCGCCCCUCCGGCCCGCGGGGCCUCCCGUCUGUCCCGCCGUCUGUCCGACGCGAAGGAAGCGGGACAGCGGCGGCGGCCACCCCACUGCUACUAACCAACAUGGCGAACUUCACACCAGUCAAUGGCAGCUCGGGCAACCAGUCUGUGCGCCUGGUCACAUCAACUAAUAACCGCUAUGAGACCGUGGAGAUGGUAUUCAUCGCCACAGUGACAGGCUCACUGAGCCUGGUGACUGUUGUGGGCAACAUCCUGGUGAUGCUGUCCAUCAAGGUCAACAGGCAGCUGCAGACCGUCAACAACUACUUCCUGUUCAGCCUGGCCUGCGCCGACCUCAUCAUAGGCGCCUUCUCCAUGAACCUCUACACCGUGUACAUCAUCAAGGGCUACUGGCCCCUGGGGGCUGUGGUCUGUGACCUGUGGCUGGCUCUGGACUACGUAGUGAGCAAUGCGUCUGUCAUGAACCUUCUCAUCAUCAGCUUUGACCGAUACUUCUGCGUCACCAAGCCCCUCACCUACCCCGCCCGUCGUACCACCAAGAUGGCGGGCCUCAUGAUUGCUGCUGCCUGGGUCCUGUCCUUCGUUCUCUGGGCCCCUGCCAUCUUGUUCUGGCAGUUCGUGGUGGGCAAGAGGACAGUGCCGGACAACCAGUGCUUCAUCCAGUUCCUGUCCAACCCAGCAGUGACCUUUGGCACAGCCAUUGCUGCCUUCUACCUGCCCGUGGUCAUCAUGACGGUGCUCUACAUCCACAUCUCUCUGGCCAGUCGCAGCCGAGUUCACAAGCACCGGCCUGAAGGCCCCAAGGAGAAGAAGGCCAAGACUCUGGCCUUCCUCAAGAGCCCCCUGAUGAAGCAGAGUGUUAAGAAACCCCCACCAGGAGGAGCAGCUCGGGAGGAGCUGAGAAACGGGAAGCUAGAGGAGGCCCCUCCGCCAGCCCUGCCACCGCCACCACGCCCCAUGGCUGACAAGGACACCUCCAAUGAGUCUAGCUCAGGCAGUGCUACCCAGAACACCAAGGAACGACCACCCACAGAGCUGUCUACCACAGAGGCCACCACGCCUGCCAUGCCUGCCCCUAACCUGCAGGCACGGACCCUCAACCCCACCUCCAAAUGGUCCAAAAUCCAGAUUGUGACGAAGCAGACAGGCAAUGAGUGUGUGACAGCAAUCGAGAUUGUACCUGCCACUCCAGCUGGCAUGCGUCCGGCAGCCAACGUGGCCCGCAAGUUUGCCAGCAUCGCUCGCAACCAGGUGCGCAAGAAGCGGCAGAUGGCAGCCCGGGAGCGCAAAGUGACGAGGACCAUCUUUGCCAUCCUGCUGGCCUUCAUCCUCACCUGGACACCCUACAAUGUCAUGGUCCUGGUGAACACCUUCUGCCAGAGCUGCAUCCCUGACACAGUGUGGUCCAUCGGCUACUGGCUCUGCUACGUCAACAGCACCAUCAACCCCGCCUGCUACGCGCUCUGCAACGCCACCUUUAAAAAGACCUUCCGGCACCUGUUGCUCUGCCAGUACCGGAACAUCGGAACUGCCAGGUAGGCAGGUAGGCGUGCCCUAGGAGGUGCUGGUAUGGCACGUGUGCUGGGGGACCACAUGGCUCACCUGCUGUGGGGAAGAGACUAGGAGGCCCCAUUCCGUGCUCGCAUUUGCUGAAGAGGAGAACUGAGCUCUCCGCCACACUGCGAGGAAGAGGCUCUGUUUGGAUUCAGAGACCAGAUCCCGGCUCAGGCCGAGGGGGCUCAGCCUCUGAACUGGGACCACCUGGCCCAUGUCUGUCGCCCUCCUCAGGGAGCUGGGGGGCACUGGCCCGGGUGAGCAGCUGCCCCCUCGUAGGAGCAUCACAAGAGAAUGGACACCCGGAAGGGGGCAGAGGCCAGGAGUGUCUCCAGAGGUGCAAAGGGGCCAGUCUUGGAAGGGUAGAAGGGUGGGGUCCCCCAUUCUGCUGUAAUUGGUGCUUUCCGCCUCCCUGCACCCUGCAUGUAGGCUCAGCUCCUCCCCCCAAAACCCCACUCCAGGGGCAGAAUUUUCCCUCCUGCAGCUGCUCAACCAGGGCUCUGGGUGGCUACGUGCAUGGGGGAGCAGGCCAGGCUAGGCUGAGUGCUCUGAGGCACCUCCCUUUCCCCUGUAGCACUGUCCUUGUCACUUCAGGGUAGGGCAGCUGGGAGGUCAGGGAUUCACUCAGGAACUGAAGUCUAGGCUUCUGUGGUCCAGCGUUGACCCCAGGUUAGCCUAAAGCUGAUGGACUUCCCUCCCCCAGGAGAGGGCCCAUCCUGGGUCACACACCAAAAGGGGGGGGGGGCUGCAGUGGGCAGUGCCCUACCAUCUUCUCCACUCUGCCUCUGCCUUGAAGGAGAUGUGGGCCCAAGGGAGACAGAAAGGGGGUAUAGUUGGUGACCCACGCAGGCUUCAAUGUCAGUGCAGGGUGAAGCAGGCAAGCACCCUCCAUCUCUACCUUCCCCUUUGAUGGGUAGUGGGCUGGACCAAUGGGCAGAGCCCUUUGAUGGGUAGUGGGCUGGACCAAAAGACCUUUGACCUGGUGAGGCUUCCUUCUAGUGAGUCAUCCUGGUUUUCUUCCCCAGCCCUGGUGUGGUUAUUGGAACAAAUGAGGACUGGGUUUGAUGGGGGACCCUUUCAUGCUGUUUCCAUGGGCUCUGGGGAGUACUCACCACCAAGCCACCAGUUCCCUUCAGUCCAUCAAUCCCUACCGCCUGUCUUCGCCCACUUUUCCACCCACAAACAAAGCUGCACAGCAAACUCCCUGGGAAGGGGCUUUUAUAUAUUAAAAAAAAAAAAAAAAGCUUUUAU